AAUAAAUAUUGGACAACCUGCUAUAACUUGCAGUGAGAUAGCUCAAUUGAUGAGCCUGAUCAUCAACACCUUCUAUUCCAAAAAAGAAAUCUUUCUUCGAGAAAUGAUUUCAAACUCAUCGGAUAUAAGUAAUUCUGAUGGAUAUUUGACAUGUUGUAACAUGUUAAGAUUGCAAACAAAUGAGGUUGUAUACGAAGUGAAGAAGCAUUUGACAAAAUUGGGGGUAUGUACGACGAAAGCAGAUCUGGUAAACAACUUGGGGACAAUUGGAAAGUCUAGUGCCAAAGCAUUUAUGGAAGCAGUGCAGGCUGGUGCUGAUAUCUCUAUGAUUGGACAGUUUGGUGUAGGUUUCUGCUCAGCUUAUUUAGUUGCAGACAAACUAACUGUAACAACAAAACGUAACGAUGAUGAGCAGUAUACUUGGGAAUCAUCAGACGGUGGAUCUUUCAUGAUUCAACCUGAUCAUGAACUAGAGAUAGACAAGGGCGAAAUAAGGUUUUCAACAGCUCAGAUUGCAGGACUAGAUCAAACUUGUCAUAAUGGGCUUUUAUCCCAUUAUGACAAGUUUGGUUUCUUGCUCAAUUUCCAAUGCGUUAUGGGAGUGAGCGAAACUGACCUGAGGAAGUGUUGUGAUGUUCUCAGCGAUAUCUUAACAGAUAAAAUUACUGGGUCGGAUGUUGAUGCUCAUGAUUUAUGUGCUGAAUUGGGCAACUUAACAGGUUUAGUGCAACAAAGUACUGCUGCUUUUAAAAAUCUGCAGUUCAUUAAAUUCUUUCCCAAACGUCUCUGUUGCAUUGCUUAUAGCUUUGACAUUUCCAGUAACUGUCGCGUCUGCUGA